AUCAGAGUUCGUUUUGCAAUAACUAAAAUUUAAAAUCUCAUCCAAAUCCUCCCCUUCUUCUUCUUCUUUACUGUUUCUAGCUAACCAAUCACCUGCCCUGUAUUUUUUCCCUUUUGUGUUCAAUAUCAAGCAGUAAGAAGGAAGUUUCGCUUCAUUGGCGGAAAUAUUUUAAUAAUGUACAAGAUUCGUUCAGUCAGCUGUCGUGUGCAACGCCCACUGGUUUCUAGACCAUAUAAAGAGGGAAACAUUUCACUAUGUCAAUCCAGGGAUAGACUUGGCAUUAGACUACCAGCUGAAGAACAAUGCGCCGACAGAUCACAGAAGACGACCGGGACUUCGCCUCUUCUGUCGUGGCAGCAGCUUUCACCAUUACCAUAACCUGUCUCUCUCUACUAGGUAAUAUUACCGUUAUCGUUGUAGCAAGAACAGACAGUGAACUAAAACUUCAUGUUUCCAAUCUACUGAUAGUAAACCUUGCAGUAACAGAUCUUCUAACAAGCCUCUUAGUGAUGAUUCCUAGCAUAACGACGUUAAUUUAUGAUAGGUGGAUACUGGGAACCGCCCUCUGUAAGCUCCACUGUACCUUGAACUAUUGCUUCAUCAUCGUCUCUAUGUUAAGCCUUUCACUGAUCACAAUAGAUCGAGCCGUGGCUGUGAAACACCCCCUUCGUUAUGCCCAAAUCAUGACAACCUGCCGAAUUGGGUUUAUGAUUGGCUAUGCAUGGCUACAAGGUUUAGCUUUUGCUCUCAUUCCGUCUGUGUAUAACUGGGUUCACUUUGACUACUGGGAAGCAGUGUGUGCCAUUAAAUGGGAAGUCAAUUUGCCCAUUAUAGCUUACGUAGUCAUAGCUUUUCUGUGCUGUUUUAUCAUACCAGCGGGAAUCAUAGUGUUCUACAACACGACCAUACUUUGGUCGGCCCAAAAGAUGAAACAUAACACUAUCCUACCAAAACUUUUACAAACCAAAACAGCGAAGGGAUCGGAACGAAUAAGAGGGGCUUCGGGUUCUAACGACAGAUGUCAGUCUGUAGGACUUGCACGCCAGAAGAUCGCCAGAAGCAUCAUUGUGAUCAUAUUCGUGUUUUUAUUAUGCAUGACACCAUUUUGUUUAAUAAAACUGUUGAAAGUCUUAUUGGGAGCAGAAGCAAUUCCCACAUGGGCAAACCUUUUUUCAACCAUAAUUCAGUUUACUGCCUCCGCUACCAAUCCUUUCAUUUACGCCAUCUUUCGGCGAGAUUUUCGAUAUGCUCUCAAACGACUUCCAAGACGUUUAUUUGGAUUGUAGAAGGCACCUUCGACAAAUUCUCCUAUACUAACGAAACACGAAAAUUUUUAACUCAACUUUUAAAGGAAGGAUGUAUACAAAAAAAAAUUUUCAUAUUUCUCUAACUAUUUUCAUAUUAAUAGCCUAUAGUACGAAAAACAUUCGAAUAAAAUUAUAUAAAAGCCGUGACUUCAGGUUUUAUUACACGCACGCACAACGGCUGUUAUCUCAAAUUACCGACUUGUUUUUAUAUCUCUCAAUAUUCAUUAUGCCUACAUAUUACAUCAUACUCACUAAUUUUAUGUUUUUGUCUGUUAUGACAUUCAAUGUAAAGAAAUGAAAAAAAAAUUGGGUAAAAUUACUCGUUUUCUAAGUAAAAUACAUAGGGGACCCGAACAGUAAUAGUGCGAUUAAAUGCAAUAGCGAUGGAAUUUAUUUUUUUUUUGGGGGGGGGGGGACACCCACAUUCUAUAUUUAAUGACAGUACACCAUUUGGUCUCAAAUAGUGCUUUGCGUAUAAAAUAAACUUCGUUUGUUAGAAAAAUGAACUGCUCUAUUUCUAAUCACGACAUCGAACUUUCUAUAAAUGAUUAUGGUACAAUAUAGUACUGACUAAACAUUAAACUUGUCUGGCAGCCUUAAAAUAAAACAUAUUAGAUAAUCAGUCCCACUAAAGGUGCAUUAAAGUUAGGAAAAUUACUCUCAUGAAAAGCAGGAAAGUCCAGAACCCAAGAGCUUCUAGAACCUUAUGGCGAGCCCUGAACUCUGGCUGUAAUGGAUGCAUCUGUGGCGCACAUUCCUUCGUUUCGCUCAGUCAAAAAAAAAACCUGCUCCCCACUUUUAAUUUGCUUUCUAGCCUCUGUAAUAUGAAAAUAAAUAUAUAAAAAAAAAUGGUCAAAAGGAUAGCCCGAGCGAUUUCGAAAAGUAGAACUUCAUACUUUUGUGGUGAACUUAAAGACAAAAGUGUCAACACUGGAUUUUAAAUAAUCUUAUAACAAACACCUAUUUUAUACAGUUCAACUUCCACCAUUACAGCUGAUGUAAAUUUGAUUCCCGUCAACCAUCAACACACAAGCGCUUGCUCAGGACGUUAUAUGUAUACGCUGUUGUAAAAAGCGUAUUUAAUACAUUCAACUGAAGUAGUGGCAGUAUCUCAUACAAAGGGGCUACGGACAGUUAAAAUCAUUAUUAAGAUCAAGACCAUGGAAAAACUAUAAUUAAUGACGUCAGUAACAAGUAUUGUUUCUAUAAAGGCAAAAACAGUUUCAACGAUACCAGUCAUCACUUGCCUACUACUACUACCCCACUACAAGUUCUUAAAUAACCAGUCUUUUUUUCUUGUCUUUUUUUAUAGGCAUGUACGGUAGUUCAAUAUUACACGUAUUUAAACAAACAAGAUAUUUAUUAUUGUGAGGAAUUUCUGGUUGUAAAGCAAAUAUUAGAUUUAUUUAAACGUUUUAAUACGUUGUAUAAACAUGAGUGAAAAACGCUUUUCUUCUCUGACAAAAUAAAGUUGACGAAACACUUGUAUGUUUUGUUAAAAAGAUUAUCCGUCAGAUAUGUUUACUGCACCACUGGUUUAUGCAUACAAAUACAGCAGUAUCCUCAGACACGACUAAUGUUUGGUUAGGCAGCUGAAACUGGUUUGAAAUCUGGAAAGGCACAGGAUUUUUAAUUAGUUUGUUUGUAAGUGGUUUGAUUUUGCAGGUGCUGUUGCCAAGAAAAAUAUUCGUAAACUUAAACUGUCAAAGUUACUUUAGGAGCAUAAAGAUGCUAUAAACUACA